AUGGCAGAAGAUCGUCCACUCGAAGAGAGAUACAAAGCCUGCAUGGUGCUCAGUGGUGCUGCUGAUGCUUUGGGUUACAACCACGGCAACUGGGAGUUCAACCGUGACGGGGAGUCCAUCCACAGAGAAGUGGCUGAAAUGGGUGGUGUUAGCAAACUGGACGUCAAGGAUUUUCCUGUAAGCGAUGACACUGUGAUGCAUCUGGCUACAGCAGAGGCUUUGGUAGAGACUGGAGACGGGGCCUCUCUCAAAGACCUGUAUCUGGCCCUGGUGAAAAAGUACAUUCAUUGUAUGAACGACAUGGAUGGAAGGGCACCAGGCAUCACUUGCCUUAGUAGUACAAAUCGACUUCAGCGUAUGGGUGGCACCACAUGGCAAAUCCCUUUCAACCGUGGCGGAGGAGGAUGUGGAGCAGCUAUGAGAGCCAUGUGCAUUGGCCUGCGUUUUCCAUGGCCUGAACAGGAGGACCUGCUGGUGGCUGUGAAUGUAGAGAGCGGGAGGAUGACUCACCACCAUCCAACAGGUUACCUGGGGGCCUUGGCCGCAGCCCUCUUCACAGCCUAUGCAGUGAGGGGUCAACCCCCAGUAGAGGCCUGGGGCAGUGGCUUGAUGCAAGUCCUGGAGAAAGCCAAGGAGUACGUGAAGCGGUCAGAGUACUGUGUGGAGGAAAACCUGGCACACUGGAAGUACUUUGAGGAAAAGUGGAGAGGCUAUUUGGAGAAAAGGGGCAUCCUUGAUGGUACAGGAAAACCUCAGUUUCCUGCCAAUUAUGGGGUUAGAGUGAGGGAAAGAUUCUACAGCUCUGUCAGCUUCCGUGGAGAGGGUGGUUCCAGUGGGCACGAUGCACCAAUGAUAGCCUAUGAUGCUCUCUUAUGUGCGGGUGAUUCCUGGGUUAAGUUGGCCGACCAUGGCUUCUUUCAUGGUGGCGACAGUGAUUCCACAGCUGCCAUCGCGGCUGCCUGGUGGGGAGCUCUCUACGGCUUCCGUGAUGUUCCCAAGUCAAAUUAUAAGGGGCUAGAAUAUCGUGACCGUUUGACCAAGUUGGGAGAGAAGCUAUACAUGUUAAGGGGGAAGCCUCUCCUUGCUGAAGAUCCAUGCCUGUCAAAUCAACAGUAAUCAGCAUUUA